ACAAAAAGUACUUGCUUUCUUUCUCUUUACUACUGCAAGCUCUAACAGUACAAGCAAACCGACCUCCCUUUCCUCCUCCGUUUCUGGCGCACAAAAUCCACACGUUCCUCUUUCUCUUUAAUUCAAUCGCUCCCCUUAUGUUCUGUACUUUCUUUUGUAACGAAAAAGAAAAAAAAUGAUACUUUCAGCACUGUUAACAUCCGUAGGAAUCAAUCUUGGACUCUGUUUCUUGUUCUUUACUCUCUACUCUAUACUUAAAAAACAACCUUCAAAUCGUUACGUUUACGCUCCUCGUUUAGUUCGUAGUCAGAAAUCUAAUCAACAGUUACAGGGAAAUGAAUUCGACUUAGAAAGACUGUUACCUUCUGCUGGUUGGGUGACAAGAGCUUGGCAGCUCACUGAUGAUCACCUCAUUUCGAUUUCUGGAUUGGAUGCUCUUGUUUUUGCACGCAUUUUUUAUUUUGGCUUGAGGGUGUUUGCAUUUGGUGGGAUUGUUGGGAUAUUUGUUCUUCUUCCAGUUAAUUAUUUAGGGAAUCAGCUUAAUCGCGAUAAUUUUUAUGAUUUACCAAACAAGUCUUUGGAUUCUUUUAGUAUUUCCAAUGUUGAUGAUGGCUCAAACUGGUUAUGGAUGCACUUUUCUGCUGCAUAUGUUUUUACAGGAGUUGUCUGCUAUCUUCUUUAUUAUGAGUACAACUACAUUUUCUCAAAAAGAAUUGCUUGCUUCUACUCAUCCAAACCUCAACCACAUCAGUUUACCAUACUAGUCCGUGGCAUCCCUUCCUUGUCUGCUAGAAGCUUUAGUGAAGUUGUUGAGAGCUUCUUCACACAGAAUCACCCUUCUACUUAUCUUUCACACUCAAUGAUUCAUCAAACAAGCAAAAUUCGAGGUCUCAUUGAUGAUGCAGAGAAGCUGUAUAGAAGGCUUGCACACGUUAAAACAGAAAAUCAUUUGCGGCAGCAUUUUAAACGUGAUGGCUUUUUGGGACUCUUUGGAAAAAAAGUAAAUAUUGUAGACCACUACGAGAAGAAAUUGGAAAAUUUGGAAGAUAAUGUGAGAAUGAAGCAACGUUCCUUGGCAGGAGAGAAAGUCCCAGCUGCUUUUGUGUCAUUCAAGUCACGUUUUGGUGCUGCAGUAGCUCUACACAUCCAACAGGGGGUCAAUCCCACAGAGUGGGUGACUGAGCAAGCUCCUGAGCCUCAAGAUGUACACUGGUCUUUCUUUUCUGCGUCAUUCCUAAGAAGAUGGAUCUACAAGUUGGUUGCAGUUUUCGCAUUUCUAAUUCUUACAAUUUUGUUCCUUAUCCCAGUUUUACUAGUACAAGGUCUUGCUAACCUAUAUCAGUUGGAGACCUGGUUUCCUUUCUUGAAAGGCAUACUUAGUCUAACUGUUGUCAGUCAACUGAUUACAGGAUAUCUGCCUAGUCUCAUUCUUCAGUUGUUCCUAUUUUUCGUGCCGCCAUUGAUGAUAUUAUUUUCUUCUAUGCAAGGGUACAUUUCCUUAAGUCAAAUAGAAAAAAGUGCUUGUACCAAGGUGUUAUGCUUUACUCUAUGGAACAUCUUUUUGGCAAAUGUACUUUCAGGAUCAGCUUUCUAUAUGGUCAAUGUCUUCCUUGAGCCUAAAAAGAUUCCCGAGGUACUAGCCGAAGCUGUUCCAGCUCAGGCUUCAUUCUUCAUUUCAUAUGUUGUGACAUCUGGAUGGACGAGUCUGUCAUCGGAACUCUUUCGGCUGAUUCCUCUAAUAUGCAGUUUUAUAAAAAGACUAUGCGCCAGAAAGGAUGGUGACAAAUUUGAAGUCCCAUCAAUUCCAUACCACAGUGAAAUUCCCACUGCUCUCUUCUUUGUACUUCUUGGUAUAACAUAUUUUUUCCUUGCUCCAUUGAUUUUGCCGUUUCUCCUGAUUUACUUCUGCCUGGGAUACAUCAUCUUCCGCAACCAGCUAUUGAAUGUAUAUGCACCUAAGUAUGAAACAAGUGGGAAGUUUUGGCCAAUAGUGCACUAUUCUACGGUUUUUUCCCUGAUACUGAUGCACGUCAUUGCAAUUGGAACAUUUGGCCUUAAGAAGCUUCCUUUGGCUUCCAGUCUCACCAUUCCCCUUCCAGUUCUAACACUUCUUUUCAACGAGUACUGCCGGAAAAGGUUUCUACCCAUAUUUAAAGCUUAUCCUACUGAGUGCUUAGUAACGAAAGAUAAAGAAGACGAGAAUGAACCAAGUAUGGCCGAGUUCUACGAUAAAUUAGUUUCUGCUUAUCAUGAUCCAGCUUUGAUGCCAAUCCAAUAUCCCAGAAAUGUCGACAGGCAAAGCUCCCCCCUUCUUCAUUCUGAGGUUUGAAAUCACUGAUUGUUUUUUUCUUAUGAAAACCAUGUAUAAGAUAGUUAGAAACAGCUUUUAGUGAUGUUUUUAGUACUUUCCGGAACAAUGUUUGUUCACGCCACAGUAUAAUUUGUUGUAGUUGAAUGCUAAUAAGAAGGUAAAAUCGUACUGAACUAUUUGUCAAAGGUGUAAUCUUAUAAUAUCCUGUGUGUUUUGAGUGCA